AGGAAGGAGGCGGUGGGGCCGGGGCGGGGAGCGGGGCCGGCGGCGGGGCCGGAGCGAGCGGCGACCGGCGGAGCCGCUGGAAACCGGGAUAAGGAGUGAAGGGAGUCGAGCUGGAUGCCUUCAGCGAAGGGAAGUUGACGCGCCAGCCUAAGAAUAGCUCAGGGAGGGGAAGUAUGGACAAUAUUGUCCCCAAAGCGGCUGAUGAAAUUGCAGCCAGGAGCAGAGGCGUCUCUGGACCUUCCCGUGAGCUGAAACUUUGACUCCUGAAAGGCUCCUGCAAGAGGCUGCGCCAGCCAGAAGAGGGGAAGGACGAGCAGGCGGCUGUUGAAGCCUGUCGUGGAGCGUUGGAAAUCGGCGGGGCGAGGGAAAGGCGCUGUAUGUGGAGUUCUUGGGCAAAAUGCUUUCUCUGAAGAAAUACUUCACCGAAGGCCUCAUCCAGUUCACCAUUCUGCUCAGCCUCAUUGGCGUUCGUGUGGACGUGGAUACCUACCUGAACUCGCAGCUCCCUCCUCUCCGGGAGAUCAUCCUCGGCCAGAGCUCCGCUUACACCCAGACCCAGUUUCACAACCUGCGGAACACCUUGGACGGCUAUGGCAUCCACCCAAAAAGUGUAGACCUGGACUAUUACUUCACCGCUCGCCGGCUGCUCAACCAGGUGAGGGCCCUGGACCGGUUUCAGGUCCCCACCACUGAGGUCAACGCCUGGUUGGUGCACAGAGACCCCGAGGGAUCCGUGUCCGGGAGCCAGCCCAGCGCCGGCAUUGCCCUAGAGAACAGCAGCGGCUUGCAGGAUGGGAGCAAUCCUGACAACGGGGUGAGGGAGAGUGGAGCUGAGCAGGGAUUUGGGGAAGAACUGGAAGAUUUGGGAGCCGUGGCUGCGCCGGUGAACGGGGACCUGACCAAAGAGGACAUCGAUUUGAUUGACAUCCUGUGGAGACAGGAUAUUGAUCUCGGCGCUGGGCGAGAGAUUUUUGACUACAGCCACCGUCAGAAAGAGAGCGAAGUGGACAAAGAGCUGAGCGAUGGGAGGGAGCGUGGGGACAGCUGGAGGAGCGGAGGGAAUGACAUCUUGGAUAGGACCCUACUAGUUGAUGGAGAGACCGGGGAGAGUUUCCCUGCGCAGGUGCCCGGUGCGGAGGAUCAGACAGCCCUGUCCCUGGAGGAGUGCCUUAGGCUGCUGGAGGCCACCUUCCCGUUCGGGGAGAAUUCGGAGUUUCCAGCUGCGGAUGUCUCCACCCUGAGCGAAGCCGUGCCCGACGAGAGCAGAUCCGCGGGCAUCCAGACCAGCCUGCUGUCUCCGCUUCUUGCCGAGACCGAGUCGCCCUUCGAUCUGGAGCAGCAGUGGCAGGACCUCAUGUCCAUCAUGGAAAUGCAGGCAAUGGAAGUCAACAGCACGACGGCAGAGACGCUGUACAAUGGCACGAGCGGAGACCUCCUGACCGCUAACUACAGCCUGGCCCCCAACACCCCCAUCAACCAGAACGUCAGCCUGCAUCAGGCCUCGCUGGGCAGCUGCACGCAGGACUUCUCCCUCUUCAGCUCCGACAUCGAAAGCCCCUCCAUGGCCGGCAGCUCGGCCCUGCUCCAGCUGGCACCGGACAACUCCACCGGCCUCAACACCACCUUCGGCUCCACCAACCUGAGCGGCAUCUUCUUCCCUCCGCAGCUGAACAGCACGGUCAACGAGACGGCCAGCCCCGAGCUGCCCGACCCGCUGGGUGGUCUCCUAGAUGAGGCCAUGCUCGAUGAGAUCAGUUUGAUGGACUUGGCGAUCGAAGAAGGCUUCAACCCGGUGCAGGCCUCGCAGCUGGAAGAGGAGUUUGAUUCCGACUCAGGUCUUUCUCUGGAUUCUGGCCACAGUCCUGCUUCUCUGAGCAGCUCGGAAGCCUCCUCUUCUUCAUCCUCUUCCUCCUCUUCUUCCUCAUCCUCUUCCUCCUCCUCGUUUUCUGAAGAAGGAGCUGUCGGCUACAGCUCUGACUCCGAAAACGUGGACUUUGAAGAAGCAGAAGGGGCGGUUGGAUACCAGCCAGAGUACAGCAAGUUCUGCCGCAUGAGCUACCAGGACCCCUCGCAGCUCCAUUAUUUGCCUUACCUGGAGCACGUUGGCCACAACCACACCUAUAACAUGGCUCCGGGAAACCUGGAUCCUGAGGAGCCAAAACUGCCCAGCGCCGGGAAGAAGAGCAGCAAGGAGAAACCGUCCGAGUUCCUGGACAAGCAAAUGAGCAGGGAUGAGCAUCGAGCCAGAGCCAUGAAGAUCCCGUUCACCAACGACAAGAUCAUCAACCUGCCGGUGGAGGAGUUCAACGAGCUCCUCUCCAAGUACCAGCUCAGUGAGGCACAGCUGAGCCUGAUCCGCGACAUCCGGAGGCGAGGGAAGAACAAGAUGGCUGCCCAGAACUGCCGCAAGAGGAAGCUGGACACGAUCCUCAACUUGGAACGCGACGUCGAGGACUUGCAACGCGACAAGUCCAAACUGCUCAGGGAGAAGGUAGAAUUCCUCAAAUCCAUCCGCCAGAUGAAGCAAAAGGUGCAGAACCUCUACCAAGAAGUGUUCGGGCGGCUGCGGGACGAGAACGGGCAGCCCUACUCGCCCAGCCAGUACGCGCUGCAGUACGCCAGCGACGGCAGCGUCAUCUUGAUACCUCGCGCCGUGGCCGACCAGCAGGCGCGGCGGCAGGAGCGGAAACAGAAGGACCGGAGGAAGUGAGGCUCCCAACGAGGCUGGAGGAGUGGGACACUCGCUCAAGUGAGAACUGGAGAAGGGCUGAGCCUGGAAGUUGAACUUAGAGGAACUUUCAUGCCUUCUUAUCCGAUAAUAUCUUCUCAAACAACCGGGACUGCUGCCGGUCAGCGCGCGGGAGGGACUGCGGGACCUGCAGGCUGAGGGACGGGGACGAGCGGCCCCCGCGCUGCCCAGCCCGGCGCCUUCCACAACCUGGAAUCCUUUGAGCGCAGGAAAGGAGCUGGCAUCACAGGUGGGAGAUUGGCAGAGGUGGAAAAACUACUGUUAGGAACUGGCUUUAAAUAAGAGAAGAGAUUUAAGCAAACGAACUUAAAACGAGUUCUAGGAGAGACGUUUUCUGAACUUCCAAAGUUCCGUGAUUUCAGGUAGUUGGGUUUUUUUUUUUCCCCCUCUUUUAUUUUUCCUCCUUUUCCUGAACCAGUUUUGACAUCGGUGUGUGUGAUCCAACCUGACUCGAAUCCAGAUUAACCACCAUCCCUUCCUAGAUCAGACCAGUGCACACAUGGAAACACAAGUGGUGUGACUUCCAUUAACCCCUUCCGGUCCAAGGAAGCUCCGCAGGGGGGGCUGUCGGGAGAACCCUCGCUGCCCGCGCCGAGGAGCCGUGGCGUCACGUCGGGGGGUGUGUAGAGCUUUAGGAUUUUGGGGAAGGGGGCU